AGAGAAAGAUAGAGAGGGUCCUGCGUCUGAUUGAUUGAAAUUUGAAGCUACCAGAGAAAUGAGACUGUCCAGAAUGUUGCCCUUAAGUUCAUCAGCCAUUAACAACGGCUCUCGUAUUUCUUCAUCAACUUUGCCCCCAUCCUUCUACUCUCUCACUCCUCGCCAACCCAGCAUUAACCCCAAAAAUCCUAUCACCAGGAAUUUCGUCUCCCUCAACAACUCAUCGUUUUCUCCCCUCAAAUAUUCAAUCUUCACCAACAAGCAAAACAUGUCCACCGUUUGUAGCUCCAAAUCUGACAAUGGAUCCCACGAUUCCCCUUUCCAGAGAGGUGAAUCAUUUUUCAGGGAAGUGUUGGCAAGUAUGGAGGCUGUCUACUUGAGCAGGAACCCAACAGCAAAAGCAGUGUUGGAGCUCGUUGGGUCGGUUGCUGAUGACCAAAUUUGCUAUGAUCAUUUCGCUUUUAGGACAUUUGGGGUGAAUGGUUAUGGAAUCGACUCCAUGGCUAAAUUUUUCUUGGAUUUCGGGUACACGCCGCGGGAGGAGUUAAGAUUCCCUGCUAAAAAAUUGAGAGCAUUGUGGUUUUCUCCUCCCAGUAUUCCAACUUCUCAUGGUGGCAGUGGUGUUAAUGGACCUUUACCAAGAGUGUUUGUAUCUGAGCUUCUUGUGGAUCAGAUGAGUCCACAAACUCAGGAUAUAAUCAGAAAGUACACUGGAAUUUCUGGUUCUGGAAAUAAACAUGCUGCUCUAGCAAGUGCACUGGGAUCGUUAACGUGGGAAAAGCCAUUGCAUUCUGAAUUUCAACAAUUGGCUAGGUACUUGGCUUUCAUUGUGUACGUAUCAUAUUAUGCUGCCUGGACCCUUGUCAAUGGGUAUGCAUUAAACCAUGCCACUAUCUCAACUCAUCAGCUGAAAUCUCGAUUGAGAGAUAUUAAAAACCUCAAUCAGUUCAUUGAGAAGAAUGGGUUCAAGUUGAAUUCUGAAGGGGGAACUCUGAAAGUGAGCCCCGAUGGCCUUCUUCAGCAAAGUUCAACUGUCGCAGAUUCAAUUCAUUUCCAAUUUUCUGAUGGUCUAACUGAAUCAGUCCCCUGCUCCUAUAUCGAGUUUGCUGAGCGCCUGGUGCUGCCUCAGUACAGUAAUCUACCCCUUGAAGAGGUCAAAGAGCAUCACAGGCGAGAUGGAUUUGAGGUUGGAAAUGCUGACAAGAUCUUCGAGAGUACAUCCAAGGAGCAGCUGACCAGGAAGGCUGCAUGAAAGAAUGAUCCUUUACAAUGAUGAAGUGGAUUUCACAUUUGAAGAUCCUCCAAAAAGAAGAGAGGAACGAAAAAUAAAACCUCUUCAGGGAUUAAGUUUAGUGCAUCUAACAAAGUGGUCUUCAAGGCUGAGAUGGUAAUGUAAAUACAUGUGCCACCAUUGGAGGAGUUGGAGCAUGUAUAUAUCUACUUGAUAGAAAUAAUAAUAGAAGGCAGGUCUUAUGGGUUUUCUUUUUUGGGUCCCAUGGGCUCAACUCAAUGCAAAUAAGCCUCUUUGGAAAUGUGUCCAGUUGACUCUUAGCUGUAGCUGUUGUGGCACAAUAUGCCGAUAAUGAUUUUAUUUCAAUUUAAGAUUAAAUUUUCUUA